CAGUAAUAGUGUAGUGGUAGUGGCGGUGGUAACGUUAGAGGCAGCAAAGUCACAGCGGGCAGGCAGACCAGUUGGGACUUGGGACUAUCGCACGCGUGUGCGAUGAAAAAGCACGAGGCGAAUCAGUACCUUCUCGACCGUGCUCGUGUCAGGAUGUGCUUCGUUGAUUUUUGGAUUCGAAUUAACUUCGGGUGCAACGAAAUUCAAACACGGACUAUAAAAAGUGUCAAAAAGAAAGGAAGCUAGAAUAAUAGAAGGGAAACCUAAGAAACAACAGAAGAAAUUGAAGCAACAAAGAAGUCGCGAAACGUGUAAUACAUUGCCGGUAUGACUGACCGCUAUACGUGUUCGUAAGAUCUAUCUCAUGAAAAGUAAUGUAUGAACGGAGAGUGUGGUGAUCAAGACAAAGAAGAUUGUGCUUUCAUGCUUUCAAUCAUCGAUCGAUAUGGCCCAUCACAUAAUUGAAUCAGUAUCCGAAUUGUCGGCUUUAAUGAAAGUCAGUGCGACUAAUUCCGAAAGGGAUGCUGGUUUCUGUAGCGGUGGCGACGAGGACGAUAUAUCCGACCUACACUCACCAAGCUCCUCGGAAGAUAGUCUAGAGGUGCAAAUAACGCCGAUAUCAUUGAAAAACAAAAGAAAAUUGGCCGAGCCUCGAAAAAUUCAUGAGCCGAACUUAGCACCACUGAAGAAACGAAAAUUCCAACGAAUCGAGGAAGAUACCAUACCGAGCGAGGAAUCGGCUAGAAUUUUAAGAUCACCGAGCCCGUUUCGACCAUGGAGUUGCACCAACAAGAGCAUGGAUUCAAAACUUUCUUUAUCUAUUUCAGCUGCGGAAAGGUCAAAUCAAUCGUGCGUUUUCAACUUAUUAUCGAACGCAUCGUCAUCGUCUCCCAUUGUUUCAAAUCGAAUCAACCAUCACCAUCAUCAUCGUCACCGUCUCCAUCAUCAUCAUCAUCAUCAUCAUCAUCAACAUCAUUGUCACAACAACGACGAUAAGAAGAAUAACGUUCGAAAAGACAAUCUAGAUCAGGGGCACAUUUCAGAAGAUAGCGUCGCGUGUGAGAUAAAUAUAAAAGGAAAUGAUGAUUUUCAAAAACAACAGGAGUUGAAAUGCCAAGAGAAUUUAUCUGCCAGAUUACGACAGUCGACGCAAACGCGUGCCAUACGUGCUGAGAAGCGCGAGUUCCUCCGUCAAAAAUCCGAUAACACGACGAUCUCGUCUGCAAGUUCCACGGCUAUAUCGGAAACAAUAUUGUCAUCGUCUACAAUAUUAUCUCCGAUUACGCAUCUCAGAUUACAAGAAGAACCUUUGUCACUUGUAUUGAGAGGCGAUGUGGCUGCCAGGGUACCGCCGCAUCCAGCGGUAAACGGUACUUAUGAGAAAUCCUGUUCAUAUUCUAUAAAAUGUACAAACGUUUCGUCUUCGUCCUCAUCGUCUUCUCUCUCUUCCUCGUCCUCAUCAGCAGCAUCUACAACAUCAUCUUCAUCCUCCACUUCCUCAUCAUCCUCCACUUCCUCAUCAUCCUCCUCUUCCUCUCUUUUGUCUUCCCAUCCUCAGCAAGAUCAUCGGUUGUCGAGUAAUGAUAAUUCUUGCUCGACAACGGUAAUCACAUCCACGACGAUAACAACAACAGCAACCACACUGACAACGACGAUGACGAACGUUCAUAACGGUCAAACGAGGCAACACACGGUGCCGAGUCAACAGAGGAACUACAAAAAUAUGACGCGGGAAAGGAGAAUAGAAGCAAAUGCUAGAGAACGGACGAGAGUGCAUACCAUAAGCGCUGCAUUCGAUACGCUGAGACGCGCUAUUCCCGCUUAUUCGCACAAUCAGAAGUUAUCGAAGUUGUCCGUAUUAAGGAUCGCGUGUAGUUAUAUCAUGACCCUUGGUAAAAUUGUCGAUAUCCCCGAAGGCGAGACAGCGAACAGUGCUUCGUUAGGAGCUUGCGUGGACCUCGUCUCUAGAACCAUUCAAACAGAGGGAAAAAUUAGAAAGAGAAAAGAAGACUGAAUCGCAUAAGUACAUAAGUAUAGUUAGGCUUAAUUCUAACAAUACUAUAGUCUAAUGCGAUACAAUGUAUAUAUAAACAUUUAAUCAAUUAUCAUUUAAUCUGUAAAUCAUUGAAAAUUGAAUUGAUAAAUAGUCCAACUAAAUGUUGUUCAACAAAUGUUAAAUAUUUUUCCGAUCGUCUCUUUAAAAUUUUGAUGCUGAAUAAAAGAAUAUCUACAUAUGUAUGAUGUCUUUGAUGAAAAGUAUAAAAAAUAAAAGGGAGUUGACAAGAUACGAUGUAUCCAACUCGCAAAUUGAAUCAACUAAUAAUUUAUAUUAUUAUUAAUAAUUAAUUUUCAGUUUCAGAUAAAAAAGUUUUCAUUUUACUCGUUCGAAUUGUAAAUUAGAAAAUAUAUUAUUAUGUAAUAUAAACGUCUCUUAGAAAAAAAUAUCGCGAUAUUGAAUCAUCAAUUGAGCAAGAUAUAUUAAAAAAAUGCAUAAGAAUCUGAACUGAUUCCGCAAUAUUGAAAAUGUAAUUUUCCACAUUUCUUCGACAAAACAUGACAAAGCAUAUGUAUGUACGCAUAAUAUGGUUGUCGAUCAAAGAUAUCAGUUAUUAUGCGAUUAAAUGUACAAUUCGAACGCGUAAUCGUAAUAUUUUAUAUCGUUAAGUUAUUUUGAGUCUAUUUAUACUCAUAUUUACCUUUAUCAAAAUUCGAAUAACAGAAAUAAAAUUUUUGAUAAAUUUUAUUGAUGAAGAUAAUAUUUCAUAUCCUCUUUGUGUUCUUGAGAGUUACAACAAGAAUUUGGCGAUUCACCAAUAAAAAUGCAACAAUAUGCUGCAUUCUCGAUUAAAUUGAUCAAUGAAAUUCAUUUAAUCUUUUUAAUUCUUUUAUCUUUCUGCCUUACGUUCUCACAAAAAAGAAAUUUAAUUUUAAUAUAUCUAUGAAAAAAUUCUAUUCAUUAUCAUUAAUAUUUUAUGAUUGUUUCUGAUGAAAAUAAAAAUUUGAUUAGAUAUUGAAUAGAUCGAAUAAAUAAAAUUCGAAUAAUUCAAUUAUAAAUUCGAAUAGAAAGAAACGAAUUAAAAAUAUACGUCAACGUUCGAUUAUCGUAUACAUACUUCCAACAGAAAAAGGAAUCACGCGUACACCUGCUAAGAAACAGAAGCAGGUGCAUCUUAGUAUCGCUUCAUUUUUGGAGAUUACUCGAGACAAAUAAUAAUCACCUGCUCCUUGUGUCAUAUAUAGCAUAAGAAAAAAUUCAUGAACAACAAAAUCGGUAAUAAAAAAAAAUUUUGUUUUAAUUCUGAUAUUUUUUCUUUUCUCGGAUAAAAAAAUUUUAGAUGAU